AUGGCGCGCCGCAGCGCCAGCGUCGCGCUUCUGUGCGCCGCUCUGUUUGUUCUUGCCGCGCUGGCUGACGCCGAUCGCGUGAAUGGCCCUCUCCGCCCGCGUUCUCGCGACGAGGGCACCCGCAUCACCCAGACCCAGCUCAACAAGCAGGUCGGCGUCAACGGCGCCUUCAGCCGCGACACCGAAUUCAACUUCAACAACCGCCAAGAGCAGCGCAUCGACCGCCGCCUGCUGGACGCCCGCACCCGCCCCGCGGUCGGCGUCACCCGCCCCGGCCGUGGCGACGACGGCACCCGCAUCACCCAGACCCAGCUCAACAAGCAGAUCGGCGUCAACGGCGCCUUCAACCGCGACACCGAAUUCAACUUCAACAACCGCCAAGAGCAGCGCAUCGACCGCCGCCUGCUGGACGCCCGCAGCCGCCCUGCGGUUGGCGUCAACCGCCCCGGCCGUGGCGACGAGGGCACCCGCAUCACCCAGACCCAGCUCAACAAGCAGAUCGGCAUCAACGGCGCCUUCAACCGCGACACCGAAUUCAACUUCAACAACCGCCAAGAGCAGCGCAUCGACCGCCGCCUGCUGGACGCCCGCAUCCGCCCCGCUGUCGGCGUCACCCGCCACGGCCGCGGCGAUGACAGCACCCGCAUCACCCAGACCCAGGUCAACAAGCAGAUCGGCGUCAACGGCGCCUUCAACCGCGACACCGAAUUCAACUUCAACAACCGCCAAGAGCAGCGCAUCGACCGCCGCCUGCUGGACGCCCGCAUCCGCCCCGCUGUCGGCGUCACCCGCCACGGCCGCGGCGACGACGGCAUCCGCAUCACCCAGACCCAGGUCAGCAAGCAGAUCGGCAUCAACGGCGCCUUCAACCGCGACACUGAGUCCAACUUCAACAGCAACCAGGACCAGCGCAUUGGUCGCCACCUGCUGGAUGUCGAGGCUUAA